UAUGUGAGGACUACUAAGUACACUCUUGCUACUUUUUUACCCAAAUCACUGUUUGAGCAGUUUAGGAGAGUCGCCAAUUUCUACUUCUUGGUUACUGGGAUCUUGGCUUUCACUCCUCUUGCUCCUUAUACUGCUUCUAGUGCCAUUGUUCCUCUCCUUUUCGUUAUUGGUGCUACUAUGGUUAAAGAAGGUGUCGAAGAUUUGCGCAGGCAAAAACAGGAUAAUGAGGUGAAUAAUAGGAAAGUUAAAGUGCAUAGAGGGGAUGGUAACUUCGAUUUAAAGGAGUGGAAGACUUUGAGUAUUGGAGAUAUAGUGAAGGUAGAGAAGAAUGAGUUUUUCCCUGCAGAUCUUGUUCUGCUUGGUUCUAGCUAUGAAGAUGCUAUUUGCUAUGUUGAGACGAUGAACCUUGAUGGGGAGACUAAUCUGAAAGUUAAACAAGGACUUGAAGUAACUUCGUCUUUGCGUGACGAGUUUAACUUCAAGGGCUUUGAGGCUUUUGUCAAAUGCGAGGAUCCAAAUGCUAAUUUGUAUUCCUUUGUUGGUACCAUGGAGCUUAGGGGAGCUAAAUACCCUCUCUCACCACAACAGCUUCUUUUGAGAGAUUCAAAACUCAGGAACACAGAUUUCAUCUUUGGAGCUGUUAUCUUCACUGGUCAUGACACAAAGGUUAUUCAGAAUUCAACUGAUCCUCCAUCUAAGAGAAGCAUGAUUGAAAAGAAGAUGGAUAAGAUCAUCUACCUAAUGUUCUUCAUGGUGGUUGCUAUGGCGUUUAUUGGUUCUGUUAUCUUUGGAGUUACAACAAGACAAGAUCUUAAAGAUGGUGUGAUGAAGAGAUGGUAUCUGAGACCAGAUAGCUCCAGAAUCUUCUUUGACCCCAAACGAGCUCCCGUGGCUGCGGUCUAUCACUUUCUAACGGCGAUUAUGCUCUACAGUUAUUUCAUUCCUAUAUCUUUGUAUGUCUCAAUAGAGAUUGUUAAAGUCCUUCAGAGCAUCUUCAUCAACCAGGAUAUACACAUGUACUACGAGGAAGCUGACAAGCCAGCUCGUGCACGUACCUCUAACCUGAAUGAAGAACUUGGGCAAGUGGAUACAAUUCUCUCAGACAAGACUGGAACAUUGACAUGUAACUCCAUGGAGUUCAUCAAGUGUUCUAUUGCUGGGACAGCUUAUGGCCGUGGUGUUACAGAGGUGGAGAUGGCUAUGGGAAGAAGAAAAGGUUCUUCUUUGGUGUUUCAGACUAAUGAGAAUGAUGAUAUGGAAUUUAGUAAAGAGGCAAUUACUGAAGAAUCAACUGUGAAAGGAUUCAACUUUAGAGAUGAGAGGAUCAUGAAGGGAAACUGGGUCACUGAGAUGAAUGCUAAUAUGAUUCAGAAGUUUUUCAGAUUACUCGCGGUAUGCCAUACGGUGAUACCUGAAGUGGAUGAGGAUACAGAAAAGAUCACUUAUGAGGCUGAGUCGCCUGAUGAAGCAGCAUUUGUUAUUGCAGCAAGGGAGCUUGGGUUUGAAUUUUUUAACAGAACUCAAACUACUAUUGCGGUAAGAGAGCUUGAUCUAGUGACUGGCAAACGAGUUGAAAGGUUGUACAAAAUCUUGAACGUUCUUGAGUUCAACAGCACGAGGAAAAGAAUGUCAGUUAUAGUGCAGGAUGAAGAUGGAAAACUCUUAUUAUUUUGUAAAGGAGCAGAUAAUGUCAUGUUUGAAAGACUUUCCAAGAAUGGUAGAGAGUUUGAAGAGGAAACACGGGACCAUGUGCACGAAUAUGCUGAUGCAGGGCUGAGAACUUUGAUACUUGCAUAUCGUGAACUUGAUGAAAAAGAAUACAAAGUUUUCAAUGAGAAAAUCAGUGAAGCCAAGAGUUCGGUUAGCGUUGAUCGAGAAUCGCUGAUAGAGGAAGUCACAGAGAAGGUUGAGAAAGACUUGACUCUCCUAGGAGCAACUGCUGUUGAAGAUAAACUCCAAAAUGGAGUCCCUGAUUGCAUUGACAAGCUUGCUCAAGCAGGAAUAAAGAUUUGGGUUUUGACUGGUGACAAAAUGGAGACUGCUAUCAAUAUUGGCUUCGCUUGUAGUUUGCUCAGACAAGACAUGAAGCAGAUCAUAAUCAACUUGGAGACCCCUGAAAUCCUAUCAUUGGAAAAAACUGGAGAAAAAGAUGCCAUUACAAAGGUAUCAAAAGAAAAUGUCUUGGCUCAGAUAAUUAAUGGAAAGACUCAGUUGAAGUAUUCCGGUGGGAACUCUGAUGCUUUUGCUUUAAUCAUUGAUGGGAAAUCACUUGCUUACGCGUUGGAUGAUGAUGUAAAGCACAUCUUUCUUGAGCUAGCUGUUAGUUGUGCGUCUGUUAUCUGUUGUCGUUCAUCACCAAAACAGAAAGCUCUGGUGACAAGACUAGUAAAAUCUGGAAAUGGUAAAACGACAUUAGCAAUUGGUGAUGGCGCUAAUGAUGUUGGAAUGCUUCAAGAAGCAGAUAUAGGCGUUGGAAUUAGCGGUGUGGAAGGAAUGCAGGCUGUAAUGUCCAGCGACAUUGCGAUUGCUCAAUUCAGAUAUCUGGAACGUUUGUUACUUGUCCAUGGACACUGGUGUUACAGGCGUAUCUCGACAAUGAUUUGCUACUUCUUCUACAAGAACAUUACAUUCGUUUUCACUCUCUUCUUAUAUGAAACAUACACAACAUUCUCAUCGACACCUGCCUACAACGACUGGUUUCUAUCUCUUUAUAAUGUCUUUUUCUCAUCCCUUCCGGUUAUUGCUCUUGGUGUCUUCGACCAGGAUGUCUCUGCACGGUAUUGUCUAAAGUUUCCGCUCUUAUACCAAGAAGGUGUGCAGAAUGUUCUAUUCAGCUGGCGCAGGAUACUUGGCUGGAUGUUCAACGGAUUCUACAGUGCAAUAAUCGUUUUCUACCUCUGCAAAAGUUCUCUCCAAUCUCAAGCUUUCAACCAUGAUGGGAAAACUGCAGGAAGAGAAAUCCUAGGGGGGACAAUGUACACUUGCAUUGUGUGGGUUGUGAAUUUGCAGAUGGCGUUAGCUAUCAGUUACUUCACUCUGAUCCAGCACAUUGUGAUUUGGAGCUCCAUCGUUGUUUGGUACUUUUUCAUCACGGUGUAUGGAGAACUUCCAGCAAAUAUAUCAACCGGUGCAUAUAAAGUCUUUGUUGAAGCUCUAGCGCCUUCACUUUCUUACUGGCUCAUUACUCUCUUCGUCGUUGUCACAACGUUGAUGCCUUACUUCAUCUACUCUGCACUUCAGAUGAGCUUUUUCCCAAUGUACCAUGGGAUGAUACAAUGGCUAAGGUACGAAGGUCAGUGUAACGACCCAGAGUACUGUGAUAUGGUGAGACAAAGAUCGAUAAGACCUACAACAGUUGGGUUCACUGCCAGAUUAGAAGCUAAAAAGAGAUCAGUUAGGAGAUCUGAGCCUGAAUCAUGACAACAGAACUAACCUGUCUCCUCUUUCAAUGGUUUUUCAUAUUCAACUGACUCGCAGAACGUAAAUAGAACCAUAAAUAUAUGGAAGCAUAUUUCUUGGCUUCAGACUGGAUCGAAGAAGGCUUUUUCCAACAAGUUGUUGUACAUUCUGCUGAUUCUUGCAUCCUUUCCUACUCACAAAACGAGAUCUUACAAGUUCAGUAUAUAUAGUGUUUGCAGAACAGCUGAAGAUUAUAUACAUCAGAGUUACACUA